GUUCAAUUCUCUAUUUCUCUUUAGACUAAAAAUUAAGAAAAUAAGAAAAUAAAACAACUAUAAAUUCUCUUUCUGAUUCUCUGAUCUUCUGAGACUGGUCGUACCUUUGAUUGCUCGAACAAUAGCUGGAAUCGGCUGAAAUGGCAUCAAUGGUCGCCAAGGGCAGUAGUAAUUGUAGCACCCAAGUAUCUCCCUCAAUAACUGUUCAAGAAAAGGGAAGUAGGAAUAAGAGGAAAUUCCGAGCUGAUCCGCCUCUAGGUGACCCGAAUAAGAUAAUUCCUUUACCUCAAACUGAAUGCACAAGUUAUGAAUUUUCAGCUGAAAAGUUUGAAAUCACGCAGGGUCAUGGACAAAUCAGCGUCUGUGACCUGUGUAGUGUUAAUAAAGACCAUUCUGAUGGGUUGAAACUUGACCUCGGAUUGUCUAGUACUGUAGGUUCAUCUGAGGUUGGGCCAAGCCGGCCCAGAGAGGAAUUAGAGGCAGAUGAGUUCCAAGAUGCCGACUGGAGUGACCUCACAGAAACCCAACUUGAAGAACUUGUUCUAAGCAAUUUGGACACAAUUUUCAAGAGUGCAAUAAAAAAGAUUGUUGCUUGUGGUUAUGCAGAAGAAGUUGCUACAAAGGCUGUUUUGCGGUCUGGCCUUUGUUAUGGUUGUAAAGACACUGUGUCUAAUAUAGUGGAUAAUACUUUAAUUUUUCUUAGAAGUGGCCAAGAAAUUGAUCCUUCGAGGGAGCAUUGUUUUGAAGAUCUACAGCAGCUGGAGAAGUACAUAUUGGCAGAACUGGUCUGCGUUCUUCGAGAGGUAAGGCCUUUCUUCAGUACGGGUGAUGCAAUGUGGUGCUUGUUGAUUUGUGACAUGAAUGUCUCUCAUGCUUGCGCAAUGGAUGGUGAUCCCUUGAAUAGUUUCAUGAGUGAUGGUGCUUCAAACGGAAGUUCCUCCAUGCCGAAUCAACCCCAGUCAAAAAUAGAAGCCAAAAGUGUUGAAUUGAAUCUUCUGAGCCCUUCUAAGCCGGUUCCUUCAAUUCCUGGUUCUCAUUGUUCACAGUAUGAGACACCUGCCAUUGCAGGAGGGGUUUCAAACAUAGCUAAACCAAAAAAUUCCCUUGUUCAAAGUGGAUCAUUCUCUGAGAAAGAGAUCACAAAUUCCACAUUGCAUAACGGGGAUAAAUCUUUUGGUGUUUCUGGAACAUCUCAAUCUCCUGCAGUAGAGGAAAAACUUUUAGGUAGUAGAAAGGUCCAUUCUGUUAGUACCAAGAGAGAAUACAUGCUUCGGCAGAAGCCACUUCAUUUGGAGAAAAAUUACCGGACUUACGGAUGUAAAGGAUCUUCAAGAGCAGGGAAGCUGAGUGGUUUGGGUGGUUUAAUCUUGGAUAAGAAACUAAAGUCUGUGUCAGACUCUACCGCUGUUAAUUUAAAGAAUGCUUCCUUGAAGAUAAGCAAGGCUAUGGGAGUUGAUGUGCCUCAAGAAAAUGGAAACCACAAUCUUUCUUCCAACGCUGGACCUUCUUCGCCUAGAGCAUUUAACCUGGAUGCUGACAAUACUGCUUCUGUUUUGCCGCAGAACAAUGUCCCAUCCAUAUUACCUGCUGUCAAUACUUCAAAUCCACUACCUGCUGUCAGUACUUCAACAGCAUUACCUGCUGUCAAUUCUUCAACACCAUUACCUGUAGCCAAUACUCCACCUGCAUUAUCAGUUGCUGAUACUGAGCUUUCUCUCUCUCUGCCUACAAAAAACUCCAGUUCAGUGUCCCUUAGCUGCAAGUCUGAUGCAACUAAUUCUAUUUUUUCUGGAAUACCAUAUGAUAAGUCCUUGGGGCAGUGGGUCCCUCGGGACAAGAAAGAUGAAAUGAUUUUGAAGUUAGUUCCAAGGGUGCGAGACCUACAAAAUCAGCUCCAAGAGUGGACAGAGUGGGCCAAUCAGAAGGUUAUGCAGGCUGCUCGUAGGUUGAGUAAGGACAAGGCUGAACUUAAGUCAUUGAGGCAAGAGAAAGAAGAAGUUGAACGGCUGAAGAAAGAGAAGCAAACUCUAGAGGAAAACACCAUGAAGAAGCUUUCUGAGAUGGAAAAUGCUUUGUGCAAGGCUAGUGGCCAGGUUGAACGAGCAAAUUCUGCCGUCCGGAGGCUUGAGGUGGAGAAUGCUGCUUUGAGGCAGGAGAUGGAGGCUGCUAAAGUACGUGCUGCAGAGUCAGCUGCAAGCUGCCAGGAGGUAUCAAAGAGGGAGAAGAAGACACUGAUGAAGAUUCAAUCAUGGGAGAAGCAGAAAGUCUUGCUCAAUGAAGAACUUGUGACUGAAAAACGCAAGUUCAAACAGCUGCUACAGGAAGUAGAGCAAGCCAAAGAUCUCCAGGAACAAUUGGAGGCUAGAUGGCAGCAGGAGGAGACAUCAAAAGAUGAACUACUUGAGCAGGCCAGUUCAGUAAGAAAAGAAAGAGAACAAAUUGAGGCUUCAACAAAAUCCAAGGAGGAUAUGAUCAAACUGAAAGCAGAGAACAAUCUGCAGAAGUACAAAGAUGAUAUUCAGAAGCUCGAAAAAGAAAUCUCCCAAUUGAGACUCAAGAGUGAUUCUUCAAAGAUUGCUGCGCUUCGGAGGGGCAUUGAUGGAAGCUAUGCCAGAAAAGUAACAGACAUCGAAAAUGGCAUAGAUCAAAAGGGGUCCCGGAUGCCAUAUAUCUCAGAAGUAGUGAAGGAUUUUCAUGACUACUCUGAGACAGGAGGGGUGAAACGGGAACGGGAGUGUGUGAUGUGCCUUUCAGAGGAGAUGUCCGUGGUGUUCCUCCCAUGUGCGCACCUAGUGGUUUGCAGAACAUGCAAUGAGCUCCAUGAGAAACAGGGUAUGAAGGAUUGCCCUUCUUGUAGGAGCCCCAUACAGUGGCGGAUUUCUGUACGUUAUGCUCGUUCUUAGUGAAGUUCGUAGAAUCGGGUGGAGUGUUCUGAAUAAAGAUUGUGGGACUCCUAUGAACUGAAUAAAUGCAUUUGGAUCACUCCCUCUGGGAGUUUUGACAGUUAAGUUGCCUUGUAUUCUGAGGUUUGAUCCUCUGGGUGGUUUGAGAAUUUACACAUCAUUUUCUCAACAAUGUACUAGUUUGAAAUCUACAGGGCUAUAUGCUUAUAGCUCUAAAUUUUGUUCUCA